AGUGCACAAACAAUACAACAACAAGACAGAGAUAAUAAUAAAAAAUAGAAUAAAAAGUGAAUAGAAAAUAUAAGUAUAUACAGAAAUACACAAUAAUACAAAUAUAUAUAUAUAUAUAUAUAUAUGUGUGUGUGUGUGUGUGUGUGUGUGUGUGUAUGUACAAAUACAAAUCUGUUAUAUACAGAAGCAAGGGAAUGUAAUGCCAGAAGAGGUAUGGUAUGUUGGAUAAAUAUAAAUAGACUAAGCUGUGUGUUGCACAUAAUUAUUGCUCAAUGGGGCAGUUUUAACUGUUCAUGAGAUGGAUAGCCUGAGGGAAACAACUGUUCCUGUGCCUGAAGGUUCUGGUGCACAGUGCUCUGUUGCGCCUGCCAGAAGGCAACAGUUCAAAAAGGUAGUGGGCUGGGUGAGUGGGGUCCAGAGUGAUUUUUCCAGCCCUUUUCCUCACUCUGGAAGUGUACAGUUCUUGAAGGGAAGGCAAGGGGCAACCAAUAAUCCUCUCGGCAGUCCGAACUGUCCUUUAUAGUCGUCUGAUGUCCGAUUUCAUAGCUGAACCAAACCAGACAGUUACUGAAGUGCAGAGGACAGACUCAGUGACUGCUGAGUAAAACUGUAUCAGCAUCGCCUGUGGCAGGUUGAACUUCCUCACCUGUGAAGGAAGUACAACCUCUGCUGGACCUUUUUCACAGUGGAGUCAAUGUGGGUCUCCCACUUCAGGUCCUGUGAGAUGGUAGUGCCCAGGAACCUGAAUGACUCCACUGCUGCCACAGUGCUGUUUAGAAUGGUGAGGGGGGUCAGUGUUGGGGUGUUCCUCCUAAAGUCCACAAUCAUCUCCACCGUUUUGAGCGUGUUCAGCUCCAGGUUGUUUUGACUACACCAGUGAGCCAGCCGUUCAACCUCUCUUCUGUUACUGUAUUCUUGGACAUUAUGUGUAUUGGAUAUUCAGAUAUUUCAAUAAUAAUUGCAUGUAUUGGUGGUUUAAAAUUAGCAUGAGCAGAUAUAACAUAUUCACAUUCUCAUAUGCACUAGCAUCCAGACGCAGCUAUCAGACUGUCCAUAACAACGGCUUGAGUUUGACAGGCAGUCUUUUCAUCCAAUCACAUUCUUGCGCAAGCCGCUAGCAACUCCCACGAGGCGGGGCAGCAUGCACAGAGCAAGGAACAGAGACCACACAAACGGAACAAUUCCACAUACACGAACGUGUUUACGUCGAAUUAUCUCUCCAAAGAGUGCGUCGAGCAGAGCAAUACUGGUUGGUUUCGGUGAGAAACGCAUUCUGAACACCGGAAAGCUUCCGCAGGGCAGCUAAGCGCGGCACGAGGGAUUGCCCAACUGCAGCGCGCGCGAGGCAAGGUUUGUAAAGCGGUUGAGGAAAGAAGGCCUCGCUCAGCGUUCUUAGACCUGCGGGGAAAAGUGAAGAGCGCCGCCUGACGACCGCCGUACAGCGGGGUGGUACAGUCAGGAGACAGCGGUGAGCUCCACAAGCUCUGGCAAAAUCUGAAGAGCGCCACCAACUGCUCGCCACAAGAACUGCAUCUCCUCUUCAGCACACCAAUCGUCUUUGGUUUAGAACUGUAACUUCCUGCAGCUACCAUGAGUGACCAGGAGUAUGUGGAGCAUCAGUAUAUGUGCAGUGAGUGCCAGCAGCUCUUUAAUACCCUGGAGGAGGUGCUGGUGCACCAACAGAUCCACACAGGAGGAGAGGGGGACGAGGCAGAGUUCGUACACAGCCAUGAUGAUUAUGACACUGGGGAGAGCCAGUAUCAGUGCCUGGAAUGUGGAGCCAUCCUCAAGAAUCCAGACGAACUGCUGCUUCAUCAGGAGCUGCACAUGAGGGAGGCAGGGCAGGAGGUUUGUGAAGUCACAGAGGUGGGUGCUGUUGGUGCAGAAGUGCCAAUCCAGUACCAGUGUCUGGAAUGCCUGGCCUUCUUUGACACACCUGAACAGUGGUUGACACACAGGCAGACACACAGCAGAAGCAGUACGCAUAGCAACCUGACCAAUGAAACAUUUCAGGAAUUUGUUGUUCAGGCAGAUGGUUCAGUUGCUCCGGUUCAGUCGCUCAAUGUGCAGAAUCUAGUUCUGGAUGAACAGAGUGCCGGCCAGAUCCUAACUUUAGCCCAGGCUCUUCGAGAGCAUGAAGCCCCAUCUAAGCCUGCAGCCCCUCCUAGAACUAUGUUGGUGCCAGCAAAUCCAUCUUUGCCUGGCUCCACCUCUGCUAUGCUCCACCUUCAGUUCUGCUCCGCCCAAGCUAUUGCUGAUGGAUCUGCCUCAGUUCCUCUCCGCAGAGCUAAACUCCUUUCCCCUCUCUUACCUGCUGAUCCUAUCAGGCUAGACAAUGUGUCCACUUUGAAACUUGUCCCUUCCACUGGUCAGGUGAACACAGUAAAGAAUGAAGGCGAGGAAAUUGUAAUUAUCCAUCCAUAUGAGUGUUCUGAGUGUAAUCUGCUAUUUAGCACACCAGAGGAUUUCCUUCAACAUCAGGGGGAGCACUUCUUAGGCCAGGACAAGGAGAGUGGUAGCACUGGGGUGAUGGUGGGGUAUGAAGAAAUUUCUGUGGCUCGGGAGGAUGAAGGGAGGAGUGACGGAUCAGAGGAGGGCAGUAAAGUUGUCAAAGCUAGUGGUGGAAAGCGUACAUGGGCUGCCCACUCAGCUGGUUUAACAUCUCCUGUCUCACCCAGCAGUCUUCAGUGUGAGGAGUGCAAAAGAACGUUCACCACAGCCAAACGGCUUGCGGCACACCUUCGAGUGCAUGAACAAGGAACGCACGAGUGCCCAGAGUGUGAUAAAGUAUUUAAGAAGUUGGUGUCACUUCAGACACACAUGCGCACACACUCUGGUGAGGCACGUUUUUUAUGUGUGGACUGUGGACAUGGCUUCACCACAGAAAUGACACUCAUGAUGCACAGGAAAUCCCAUACUUCUGAGCCACUACACAGGUGCCCAUUUUGUACCAAAACCUUCACCAACAUGACAAAGUUCCUGUACCAUCGCCGCACUCACAGAACCGGUGAGCCAGCUGCACCAGCCUCUCAGUUUGUACUGGCCCAGCGAUCUCCUCUCUCCAUCAUUCAAAGAGCAAAACGAGAGACUGCUUGGAGGAGAGAAAGACAGGCACUGCCUAUGACCGAUGAAAAAAAAGAGCUUAGUGAAACAGGCACUGAUCUUACUGGAGGUAUUGCUGUGGUCUCCCAGUCUGCAGAGCCUGCAGAGAAUGGGCUUCAUGGUGAACACUCAAACAAAGAACAAGCCCAAAAUAGAUGCAAGAUGCCAACAGAUGACCCAAACCAUUCAACUACUGCCAGUGGGGAAGGAGGUGGAGAGGAAGAAGGUAAACACAACACUCCUGCUGCUGAGGAAAGGCCACAAUUCCCUUGCUCUAUUUGUACAAAAAGAUUCUCCUCGCAGAUUCGUCUGUUACGCCAUCGUCGAACCACUCACACCACUGAAAGACGCUUUAAAUGCAACAUCUGCGGGAAACCGUUCAAGAAGCAGAUCCAUCUACGGAACCACCUGCGCACACACACCGGCGAGCGUCCGUUCCAAUGCAGUGUGUGUGGAAAGACCUUCUCAUCUCUUGCCAAUCUUUCCCGCCAUGGACUCACACACACUGGAGUCCGUCCGUACAGGUGUGACAUUUGCCACAAAGCCUUCAGCCAAUCUUCUAAUCUCCGUCAACACCGUCAGCAUCUUCACAGCAACGCCACGCCCUUACCCUGUCCAGACUGCUCAGCUACGUUUAUCCGUCCUGCUAAACUCAUAGCUCACCGUUUUCUUCACCACCCAGGGUCCCCAGCACCUUACCCCUGCCCACAUUGUUCUGAGGGGUUCUUGCGCAAGCACCAGAGAGACCUGCAUUGCCUAGAGGAGCAUCCCAACCUGACACAGCUAAACAGCAUCUCCCAGAUUGGAGGUCAGCAGGCAUCAGGUUUGACGGAUGGUAGUGAGCAGCAGUGGGCUCCUCUAAUGGCAAGACCAAAUCUGGAUUGCACUAUCUGUGGUAAGCGCUUAAACUCUCCUGCAAAUCUACGCCUGCACCAGUUAAGUCACGGACUUGGGCCCGGCAGGCCACGAGGCUCCAGCUCGUCUACUGGGAAGUCCCACCCCUGUCCAGUGUGUGGAAAGCUGUUUGUUUCUGCCUCAAGUGUCACACUACAUCAGAGAGUACAUACUGGUGAGCGUCCAUAUCCUUGUGCGAUCUGUGGCAAGCGGUUUCGGCAGAACACACACCUGCGUGAGCACCUUCGCACGCAUUCAGGUGAGCGUCCGUUUCGAUGCGAGUUCUGCAACAAAGGCUUCGUCCAGAGCAUGCAUCUGGCAGAACACCGGCGCACACACACAGGUGAGAGGCCACAUUCUUGCAGUGAAUGUGGAAAGACCUUCAAGACUGUCUCUAACCUUAGGAACCAUCGUAAGACCCACACUCGCACCCAAAAACAACAGGAGCAAGUGCACAGUGGUGAAAUUACAGGACAAACCAAUACAGCAACUGUUGCUGUUGUGGAUGUCUCUGAGAUUGACCUUGCAACAGCAAUACCAACUCUUUGCCAGCAGGAAGUGCAGCUUGAACAGCCCCAAGUCAUUCAGAUACAGACAUCUAACCUUGCACAGACUCAGGGCACUCCAACUAUUUUGUGUAAUGAGUUUGGAGAGACUAUAGCCAUCAUAGAGACAAGUGGAGACCUGGCAGAGGCCAUUGAGCUGUACCACACCGCACUGGAGGGCGGCAUCAACAUGGAGGCCAUUACUGUGGACAACCUGCAGUUGAUGUGAGAGAAGUGAGGAACAGUGCAGCACUCCAUUGGCCAUUAAGGAUCAUUGAUUUUCUUUAGAUUUUGAAGAUUGUGAUUAAAAGAUGCCUUUAGAGUGGGCAGAUUUUAAAGGAUGCAACCGAAGAGACCCCAAGUUUGUGAUAAGAUGGUUCAUAAAUUUGAUGGCUCCUGUGUUCGGAAUGGGAAUGGACAGUCUGUCUUACUGCACAUGACACUCUUGUUGUGACACGGAUAGAUCCAUAUAAAUCGCAUGAAGGCAUAGAUUUCAAAAGUGAACAAUUACACCCAUUGACAGUGGUGCAAGUUGACAACACAUUAUCAAUGAUUUGAUAAUAACAGUACAUGCUCACUGAUUCCCCAUUAUCAUUCUGACCUGCAGAUUUUGUGAGGAGGUACCAAAGACAAGAACAAAUCAAAUAACAGGGAAAAGUGAGAUCAAAACAGCUAUUACUGCUCAGCAUGGACAGAAAUUGGAAAGCUAAUCUGCAUUAUGCAUUAGGUCAUUACUGCAAUGAUUAAAGGACUCAUGUGUUACAAUAUAACAUCUCUCGGUCUGUACACUGAAUGUUAUUUGUAGAAUUUUUUUAUUGUUAUAAUGCCGACUUGGAUAGGUGUUGCAAAUAAACUUAAACAGUUUGUCUCCA